UGUAGUGAGUUUAAAUAGACAAAUUGGAAAGAAAGAAAGAAAGCCAGAAUAGGAAAAAAAAAUAAUAGUGAUAAUGAUGUCGUAUUCAUCUCUGUUGCUACAGCUGUUGUUGUUGAUGAAUUAUGGGCAAGAUGAUGAAGUUAUUAAAAUUGAGAAUAUUAAUAAUUAUGCAGUUGUUUUUGACGCUGGAAGCACAGGUACUAGGGUUCAUGUCUAUAGCUUUGACCGCAACAUGGAUCUCCUUCCUGUCGGCAAUGACUACGAGUUUUUUCUUUCGACAAAACCAGGUCUGAGUUCGUAUGAGAAUGAUCCCGAAGGAGGUGCACAGUCGUUGAAGCCACUGCUGCAGAAAGCACAAGAUGUUGUUCCUCAACAGUUUCUUGCUAACACACCUGUUAUACUGGGGGCAACAGCAGGUCUGCGGCAGUUACCAGCCAGUGCAACUGAAGCCAUAUUAGAUGCGGUGAGAAAUCUUUUCAAGAAUGAAAGCAAGUUGAGUUACAAGGCAGAUUGGGUAUCUACUCUUCAAGGAACUGACGAAGGUGCUUAUCAGUGGGUGACAGUGAACUAUUUAUUAGGGACAUUAGGUAAAAAAUACUCGAGUACUGUAGGUGUGGUUGAUCUCGGAGGUGGAUCAGUGCAAAUGGCUUAUGCUAUCUCAGACAAAUCUGCAGCAAAUGCACCUAAAGACGAGGAUGCCUAUGUCAUGGACAAACUUGUAAUGGGAACUAAAUAUAACCUCUAUUCUCACAGUUACUCCAACUAUGGCCAGAAAGCAGGUCGAGCCCAGAGUCUUAAUCUUUCUGGAGACGCUGGCAAUCCAUGUGUCACAAAUGGUUAUCAAGGAACGUACGAGUACUUGGGGGUAGUUUAUAAUGUAUCAGCUCCCCUGUCUGGCACAAGCAUGAGGAGAUGCAGAGCAUUAAUGAGAAAGACACUUAGAGUUGAUGCCCCGUGCAACCACACAUACUGCUCCUUUGACGGUGUUUGGAGCGGUGGUGGUGGACUUGGUCUGAAAAACUUGUAUGUGGCAUCAUACUUCUAUGACACAGCUGCUGAGACGGGCUUGGUGGAAGCAGAUGCACCAUCAGGCAAGAUUCGUCCAAUAUAUUACAAGAAUGCAGCAAAGAAGGCAUGCAGCGCCACAGUGGACAACAUCAAAUCAAUUUUCCCUCUACUUGAUGAGAGAGAUGUGCCGUUUUUGUGCUCGGAUCUGAUAUACGAGUACACGAUGCUGGUUGAUGGAUUUGGGGUAAAUCAGUUGAAAGAAAUCACGGUGGUCAAACAAUUGGAGUACAAGAAAGAUUCUUCAUUACCAUUACUUGAGGCGGCAUGGCCACUCGGCUGUGCAGUUGAACUUGUCUCGUCACUCGUCAAUUAAUCGGCUAUGCAGUUGAACUUGUCCCAUUACUCGUCAAUUAAUCGUUCAUCAGCCAGUCCUUAUGUCAAUCCAUUGUUGUGGGAUUUAUGUAUUUAAUCCUACACAACCAUAAUAAACUGUGGAUUCGACAAGAAACAUUGAGAAGAAUACUGUCAGAUUUUUAUUUAUUAUUAAGCAAAAAUAUUAAUAUAA